UUCCUGUCUUGUAUCACGCGCAAAGCAUUUUGUUUGGGAACUGCAACUUUGACAUGUGUUUCAAUUUUAGUGAUCGAAAACAAGAAAUAAGAUUAGAAUUAAACAAAUUAAUGUAAUUAAUAAGAUGGCUACUUACGAUAAUAAAAUUUGGCUCUUAAAAAACAUACGAGAUGCGUUUAUUGCUACUGACGACACCGGUUUAUGUGAGAUCGUUAUGGCUGGAGAGGAUUUUUCGAAAGUGUUUCAAAAUAAAGCAAUUGAAGAGAAAAAGAGGAUAAGAGAAAUGAGGUUGACUCAGCCUGGACCUAGCAAAGGUAAAGAUGGAAUGGGGGAUAUAUCUGAAGAAGAGGUUGGAAGGGAGAUUGUGACACAGUUUGAUCCUUACCCUGAUAUGGAUGAUAGUGAGGAUGACGACCCGUUGUGUGGCAGCUACGUGCGCUACGAAGAGUUUGGAGGACACAGGCCAAGAUCGAAUACCGCUCAAUGGCUAGACAAGAAAGAACAAGCAUUAAAAAAAGCAGCUAAAAUAAAAGUUAUAAAGUGGGAAGAUGCAACACCACUCACAACAGAUCAGUUAGCCGAGGCAUUUUCUAAAUUUGAAGUAAAAAAACCUGAGAAAAAGAAAUCUUUGCUAGCUGAACAGCUUCAGAAUUGCCCUAACUUGCCUCACCGUCAAUAUUUGGAGUAUGCAAAGUUUGAUGGGACAGCACAACUAGGGCUUCCUACAAAGUCAUUCAAAAUCUUCAUGACAAUGCUUCCUGAGAAGUAUCAAAAUUACCCCUUAGUUGUGUGUGUCAUUGCCAGUGCUAAGAUCAAGGAUUUAAUUGGUUUCACAUGCUAUAAAUACAGCAUCGAACAUCCAGAUAUAUCACUUGGUUCUGUGCAUGACUACGGACUUUGUAUAGCAGAAGAUGAUGGUGAGGUUGACUGGGCCUUCCCCUGCCUAGAUGCUAAUGAGCCAUGUUCCAAGUUCGGUUUCACAUGUCUUGGUCUUGUAGAAUUAAAAAGUAAAAAUGCCAUGACCCUACCACCGUCAUCAAUACCUGAGGAUGGUAUGAGUGGUGCCUUUCACGUGUUUUCAAAAGUCACAGACUCAGGUCAAAGUCAUCAGAAUCCAUCCCGACACAAUACAGGGGGAAGCUCCACAUCAGAAGCUGUUUUAAUAGCUUUGAAGGCUUUAAAUGAAGGUGGUGCAGACACAGACUUAGGCAAGAUGCAGUCUCAUAUAAUGGCUACUGAGGCGCCGCAGUACAAGGCUUACAAAGUGCAGUUACUUCGGAAAGUGAGGACAAACACAUCGGUACAACUGGGCAUAUCACUCGACAGGAUAGAAGUGGAGCCGCUAGUCACACAUAAACACGCAUUCUGGUCGAGAUCGAAGUACUUUCUGCACAGCAUAGACUCAGUCGCUUGGUGCCAGAUCCUGGAGACAAGGGGUAACAGGACCACCUUCAGAAUAGUCUAUUCUCCUAGUCACAAUGUUGCCUAUGCAGAUAGGAGUAAUACAGGUAACUCCACAAUAUUCCAGCCAAACACAACAUACAAACUCCACGACUUCGAAUGCGAACACGACACAGCUAAAGAAAUUGUGGAAAAGGUAAAUACGAUAUUAGACCUUAGAAACAGCCCGUGCCGACGCGAAUACAAGACUGCCAAAGAAAAGAAACUACAGACCAGACGCAGUUUUCACACGAAACACUUGAGUUGAGUCUCGUAGAUACUCCUGUACAGUGUAAUAUACUCCAGUGAAAGUUCCUUUAGUACAUUAAACAAAAGUAAAACUGUAUACAUUAGUCUCGAAGGUCUUAAAGUGCUAGUAAACCAUAGCGUCCUUUAUAGAGACCAUUGUCACACAUCUAGUAUUUAAAAAGCUGGAAUUGAGAAAAGUUUGUUAGAAACAUAUCUCAACUGUUUGGAAUUAUUUAGGUUUAAUGAAUCAGGAAAAUUAUGUUAUAAUCUAGUCCUUUCCUGCCCUGAAUAAUUUCAAAUGACAUAUUUAUCCUCAAUUAUUAUAUGAGUGUAUAUUCUCAGUUGAAAUCAGCAUUGUGUUAGAUGAGAAUGUGUAAAUUACUGGUAUAGUGAAUGCUUGAAUGGCUUAUUGAAUGCAAAGCAUCGAUUGAUAGAGGCUUCCAGCCGACAUUAGCGGGUUGUGUCUAAACGAGCUGUAUUUUGAAGCAGUGGCAUAUUUUGGCUUCAUCAGUGGCCGCAUUACAUAGCAGGGAGAAAUAGCCAUUUACAAUUGUGCAAUUCUGGUAAUUGUUGGGUCAAACCAUUUUUUCAUAGAUUUUCAUAUUGUUAAGUACAGAAUCUUUAAUAAUACAAACUGGCUGGCCAGUAAGUACUUUCGUUUUUCUAUUGGGCCUGAAUGACGGAGUUGUGUUUCUGUUUGCACGGGCGAUGACGCGACCCCUGCUGCCUGGUGCGACGAACGCCCGAUGUACGGCGUCUCCUUAAAUGAGGCCUUACUUAACUCAAUCUACGAUAAUUUGUUUUUGCUCACUGAAAUUUUAGGUUUGUCAAGAUGAAGUCUAUUUUUCAAUCAGUACUUGACGUUUUGCAAUGCUCACCAACAACAUGAUGUAUGUCUAACAUGCAUUUAUUUGCUACCAAAUAUUCUUAAUAUAGGUAGACGGGAUGCAGAUUGGUGAAGCACAAUUUCAGUACUGAAGGGACACUGCAAUUAAAAUACAGCCCCUUUAGAAAAACUUAUUAAAUUAAUAUUUAAAAUAAAAACAAAAUUUACAAUUGAAUGAAUUGAUUCAUACUGUAGUAUUGAAAUGCAAUUUUAUAUGAUGAAAUUUUUUAUUCAUAUUUUAACCAAUUUAUACAUACUUUGCAUGAAUUAGCUGUAUACAAUGUUUAGAUUUAUCUUAUUUUGAAAUUGAUUGUGGUAAAUCAAGAGCUACAGAAUUUAUGUUCUUCAGACAAAAAAUUAAAUAAAAUAACAGUGUGAAAUAUAUAUAAGUGAAUGUAAUGGAAGCUACAGUAUGAAUUGACGCGAAUAUUUAACAUUUUAAUAAUUUUGUAUUUAGAAUAUAAGACAUUUGUAACAUCUUACAUGUGAUGUGUAUUCAGUGUAAAUGAGUAUCGAGUUAUUAUUUUUUAUGUAUCGUGUAAUUAAUUAAGUUGUAAUAACUUAUUUUCGUCCAUAUUUAAGUUGCGUUAGAAUUUAUCUAAAUGGUUUUUGUCGUACAGAAAUCCUGUGGGAUCCAUACAAAUAUUAUUCAAUGCAAUAUUAUGGUGAAUAUCUCACAUAGUUUUAACUGUGAUGUCUAUAUUUUAUUUUAAGUAUUCUUUAAUGCAACUUUGCAUUCGGUUUUUAGUGAUUAAUAUAUUGUAAAAAGCGUUACAUAUUCAACUUAACUUCAAUAUGAAAUGUCAAAUUAUCAAAUUUAUACCACAAAAUAGAUAUUAUUUUUUUACAAAAUGGAUUAAUAGUGACAUUAAAUUCCAGUUUCUUGAACUUGUGCUCAUAUGAACAAAACUCCACUGCCAGAUUCAGCUCAAUUUUUAUUGGAAGUGAUCCAUUGUGUGCCUUACUACUUAAUAAAUAAUAAUUAUGAAUUUGUGUAUGCUCAGAUUGAAAGAUGUGCUGAUUUAAAAGUAUGGAAAAUGUUAUUUUCCCCAUUAUGGUAUAACUAUGUUCUUACCAACAUUCUGUAUACAAUGGAUUGCUUCAUACAUUCAACUGUACAAUAUUAAUUCUAGUAUUUUAUGAAUGAAAUAAUUUAUGUUGUGAUUCUAUGUUGAUUUCAUUAUGAAUCGAAUUUAUAUGUAUUAUGUAUGAUGAAUGAAAUGUAAAAUACAGUGAAAUAAAAUUGUUAUUCAUUACAAAGUUUGUUUUUAGUUUCAUAAUUCUAUAUGCCUACCCCUCAGAUG